AUGCUACACUCCAUGCUGUUCCUGUUCUCCGCCUUCGUUGCUCCGGCAGAUGUUGUCACAACUCCAUCAAGCAAUAAGGAUCUUCCAGUUAUUCAAAUCCAACUGCCUGAUCAAAUUCUUCGCAAUAUUGCUGCCGUGCAUACGGAAAACGUCCGUCCAUCUCAGUGGGUCAAAACGCAGACAUUGCAUACAUGCACAGAUCCGAAUCGUAAAGUGCCUUCAUACCGCCUCUAA